GCGUCAGGCCAGGGUUUCCCGGACUUGGAAGAGGACUGGCGCGAGCCACCAUGGCCUGGCAGAGUAUCCCGGUGCCUCGGCUUGAGGGCGUUUCGCAGGAACAGUUCGUGCAGCACCUCUACCCACAGAGAAAACCCCUGGUGUUGGAAGGAAUUGACUUGGGGGCAUGUACAAGCAAAUGGACAGUGGAUUACCUGAGCCAGGUUGGAGGGAGAAAAGAAGUAAAGAUUCAUGUCGCCGCGGUUGCCCAGAUGGACUUCAUUAGUAAGAACUUUGUGUAUAGAACUUUACCUUUUGAUAAGUUGGUUCAGAGGGCAGCUGAAGAAAAGCAUGAAGAAUUCUUUAUUUCAGAGGAUGAGAAGUACUACCUACGGUCGCUUGGGGAAGACCCUAGAAAGGAUGUUGCAGAUAUCAGAAAGCAGUUUCCUUUGCUGGAAGGAGAUAUUAAGUUUCCAAAAUUUUUCAAGGAGGAGCAGUUCUUCUCCAGUGUUUUUCGAAUUAGCUCACCAGGAUUACAACUUUGGACCCACUAUGAUGUCAUGGAUAACUUCUUAAUACAAGUGACAGGAAAAAAGCGUGUUGUGCUCUUCAGUCCUCGAGAUGCCCAGUAUUUAUAUUUAUCAGGUACUAAAUCAGAAGUGCUGGAUAUAGAUAAGCCAGACUUAACUAAAUAUCCACUGUUUUCCAAGGCUAGAAGGUAUGAAUGUUCCCUGAAAGCUGGAGAUGUAUUAUUCAUUCCUGCUUUAUGGUUCCAUAACGUGAUUUCUGAAGAGUUUGGAGUGGGAGUGAAUAUCUUUUGGAAGCACCUUCCAUCUGAAUGCUAUGACAAAACAGAUACCUAUGGAAACAAAGAUCCUACAGCAGCAUCAAGAGCUGCACAAAUUUUGGACAGAGCUUUAAAAACACUGGCUGAAUUACCAGAGGAAUACAGGGACUUCUAUGCACGGCGAAUGGUCUUACACAUUCAAGAUAAAGCCUAUAGCCGAAACUUUGAGUAAAUAAUGAAGUGGAUGCCAUGAAUACAAACUUUUAAAUACAGUUCAGCUCAAAUACUGGAAAAAUAUCACCACAUAUAAAUUAUUUUUUAGAAGAUUCAUUCCUUGUUAAAAUAGGAAGGAAAAGCCUGACAUUUGUAGAUUAAAUAAAUAUGAAUUGGUGUUUAUGUGGUUUCUAUUUAAUACAGAUUGUUAUGGUUCAAAGACUGCUAUCCUUGGUGGGACCACUUGAGCUUUCAGAUGCAAAUGACUGAAAAUCCAACUGAAAAUGACUUAAUAAAGUGUAUUGAAUCAUUAUACAGAAGUCUGCUAAUAGAAUGGGGCUUUAGUAGUUCUGAUCCAGUGAUUCAGUGGUAUCACCAAGAGCCCUAGUUUUUUUCCUCCCAUUUUCAACCGCAGCACUGGCAUCAUCCUAAGGCUGGCUACCCUUGUGGUCAUGGGAUGAUUGCCAGUAGCAGUUUGAGCCACGUGCAUCUUCAUUUACAUGCAGUGGGGGAGUCGGGCUGGAUUCCAAGGGCCUUCUCUUAAUAUGCAAAAGCUUUCCCAGGAUUUGCCACCAAAUCCUUGGGUCUCAUUGAUUUAAAGGAGCUUAGACCUCUCCAUCCCUGAGUUAGUCACUGGGAAAGGGUAUGGAAUAAUCCUUAGUCCAGCUGGUUCUCUAGGAGUUUAGAAUGCUCUUCCUCUGAGGCACAUGGGGUAUAUAUGGGGACAGCAUGGAUCAUUUUUUAAAUCAGGAUUCAGAUUAGGGAAAAAGGUGAACAACCAUUAUCUACUACAUUUGUCUUUUAAAUUUUUUAUUUUUUUAAA